CAGGCACGCAUCAACAUGGCGCUGUGCGGAGAGACGCGGCGAAACUGGAGGAAUAUUUAUGUCUUUUCUCUGCUUAUUUUCCUUCGACUACUAGCCCGCGGCUGCCAUUCAGCCCCGACUCUCGUAACACAACCUGCUCCCAUUGAUGAUUUGAAAACCCCGUCAACUAGUGUGAGUUUGACAACUUCGAGUCCAGCGCCCACAACAACAGCUGCGAAGAGCCCGUCUCCCUCUUCUGCAGAUGUAAACGCAUUAAUCACAGUUCCAAAAGACAGCAGCUCAGAAACCACUGAACUGAAACAAUCUUCAGACACACCGAAGGAUACAUCGGUCACCGAAUUCGCAUCCUCUAGCGACAAAGUGGCAGGUCCGACCAAGAACGAAACCCAAAAAGAACCGAGUGAGGCAAAGGGAAAUAUACAGGGCCCCACACAAGCCCCUCCCUCGGAUACCACUCCAAACGCUCCUACAGUAACUACCACAGUAGCUACCACAGUAGCUCCCACAGAAGCUCCCACCACUACUGUCAAAGUUGUCCAACCAACCAAAGCUUUAUCGAGUGGACCAGAAUUACCAUAUUCUGAUGACAAACUCACAAACGCACCAAGCACAUUCCCUGUGGACAGCACAGACCCGCUGCUGUCCACCGACAAGCGGCCAGAAACUACCAUAACUGUGGAAAAUGACCCAUAUGAAUAUGACAAAGACGAUGACGAAGAAGACGAUGACGACACCUUUCUGGAAACUGACAAUGCUGACAUUAAAUAUGAGGAAAAUGACAACACCAAAGACCUAAUGGACAUCAAGCCGCAGUCCAAUGAGAUGGAUGUGACUCGAUAUAACGGACCAGACGUCUACAACGCGGACGAUCAGGACUCGCACUUCUUCUUUCAUCUGGUCAUUCUAGCCUUCCUGGUGGCCAUUGCCUACAUCACCUAUCACAACAAGAGGAAGAUCCUCCUCCUGGCACAGAGCCGACGGUGGAAGGAUGGCUUAUGUUCCCGUAACACCGUGGAGUACCACCGCCUGGACCAGAACGUGAACGAGGCGAUGCCGUCCCUCAAGAUGACCCGAGACUACGUCUUUUGAUUGACGUUCAGUGAAAUGAAACCUUCUGGCCCUCAGGCCCGGUGAUUUGCAUUGUCAAGAUGAUAUAUGAUUUGUUGUGGAGGCUUUCUCUCGCUUUACGGGCCAGAUGGAGAACAGGGGAUAUAACUUUCUUUCUUUUUUGGUCUUCUGGCCUUCAUCUUUGUUUAUGGUAUUUAAAUGUAAAUUGCUGUUUUCUUAAUUGAUAAUUUGAUUUAUUAGGGACCUUGUGUUGGAGGGUUUCAGCCUUACGUACCUGUUUCUCUGUCUUGAAGUGUCUUAAUUUUAAUGCUCCGUCUAUAAUUACACAACUGUUAGUUAGAACGUCAUUCCAGAUGAUCGGGGUUGUUGAAUUAGAUGCUUAUUUCAGCCGUAGGCGAGGUAUGAAUUGACGCAAAGAGCACUUUUAGUUGCAAGCAUACUCGCAUGUAUACAAUGAUCAGUCCAAAAUUUGAAACGAGACAUGUUGGCACUGGAAAAGUUUACCGGUAUGGUAAACCGGCAAACACUAGCAUUAACAAUUACAUUUGUUUUGGCAUAAAUCUUACAUAUGUUCUCCCGAAAAACACUUAUUUUGGCUCCGUUCAUUAGCUGCUUUAUAUUGAAAUAAAUUCCUUAGUUGGAUUUCCAAUUUGACUUUAUUUUGUGUAAGUAAUGUUAACUCCUUAAGACAAUGUGGCAAAUUGAGCUAUACAUAAAAUAUUACAUUAGGGAGGGGUUCGGGGUAGAUUUUUACCAACAGGUUUUUUUUUUUUGGUUGAAAGUUUUAUUCUCCUUAAAAGGUACCACCUCCACAUCUAUCUGUCAGAUUUUGCUUUUCCGAGAUGCUGCAGGUGGCCGUUUGUUUUAUGGCUUCAAUGAAGUCUUUGUAAGCACGUCUUAAUUUACAUAAAAUUAAACUGUUCCCCUAUGUUCACACAGCUUUAGUUUUUAUUGCCCGCUGCCCCUUACUUUAGGAACUUUGCAAUAAUUUGCAUGGCCUGAUGUCUACGAGGCCAUGGGAACACAAGACAGACAAGAAAAUAUAAACAGUCCAUUCUUGUAUUUAUCACAGCGACAUGUCUGUUGCCAUUUAAUGCCUUCACUUUUGAUGCCAUAGCUACAUGAGCUCAGAUAUAUCAAUCUCUUGCUACCCUGUCGGAUGUUUUCAAGAGUCUUGUCUGUACACAAGGUCUGCAGUGGAUAUACAGAUUUGCACUACGCUGUUCAGUUAUGUUCACUAUAAGGGGAAGGAUUCCCUGUUGAUCAACACUGCUUCUGCAAUCAACAAACUGUACAAUCUCUUUAUUUCUUUCCCCAAUAAAGCACAAAUUGUAUAAAUGC